AAAAAGACACCAACGGAGAUGCUUUGUGGGUUUGGUGUUAUCCGUCCGUAACAGCUGAACUGAGGAGUCUAUUGCUGCGAAAGUGCUGCCUUACAGAUGAAAAUAAAUUGCUUCAUACGUUUGUAUUUGGCCAGUAUAAAAGAUUGUGGUUCUACAUCACAACUGUGGAAGUUCAAGAUUCUCCAGCCUUGAAAAAGGUGACCCAUUUCUCCAUUGUUCUGACAGCCAAAGACUUCAACCCAGAGAAAUACGCAGCCUUCACUAGGAUACUGUGUAGAAUCUACUUGAAGCAUGGAAGUCCAGUUAAAAUGAUGGAGAGUUACAUUGCAGUCCUUACAAAGGGGAUCUGCCAAAGCGAAGAAAAUGGGUCUUUCCUCAGCAAAGAUUUUGAUCCUCGGAAGGCUUAUCUUGCUGGUUCCAUCAAAGAUAUAGUAUCUCAGUUUGGAAUGGAAACAGUUAUCUUAUAUACGGCACUGAUGUUAAAGAAGCGUAUUGUAGUGUACCAUCCUAGAAUAGAAGCUAUCCAGGAGUUCACCAGGACUUUGCCUGCUUUAGUAUGGCAUCGACAAGAUUGGUCAAUUCUUCAUUCAUAUGUACAUCUAAAUGAGGAGGAAGUGGAAGCCUUAAAAGCCUGCACAGGUUACAUUGCUGGAUUUACAGAUUCUGAAGUGAACAGUAGACCAGACCUCUACGAUGUGCAUGUGAAUUUGGCAGAUAGCGAGAUCACUAUUUCCCCUGUAGUAAAAGAGGCAAUGACAAUGGGAAAACUUCACAAAGAAAUUGCACAACUAAUCGUUCAAUCUGCAGAAGAUCCAGAUAAAUCAGACAGCCAAGUCAUUAAGGAUAUUUCUCUGAAGACAAAAGAAAUCUUGGCUACUUUAGCCUCACUUACUGAAGUUUCUGAUGGCAAUGAAAAACCAACCCUUAACUCUGAGGCCCUGAAACAAAAGCGAUUUCCACCUGCUACAGAAAACUUUCUUUUUCAUUUAGCAGCUGCUGAACAAAUGCUUAAAAUCUGAUUUUGAUGUGCUUCAGUGUUAUGGACCAACUCAAAAAUACUGUCUUUGCCAUACAGAUAGGAAUACCUGAUACUUUAUAUAGAACAAUUACAGGUAUAAGAGUGAAUGUCAUAUUUA